AUGUCGACGGCCUUCUCGGACUUCGGUCCGCUCACGGAGCGGCGGCGCGCCGAGAGGCAGCGGCAGCAGCGCAGGCGCGCCAUGGUCGCCGCCGGCGGUGCGUCGAUCAUACUUAUCCUCAUUGUCAUGGGCGGUGCGGCAGUCGCGUACAACGCUAGCUCCAAGGACAACGACGGCUCGUCCUCCUCCUCCUCUUCACCGUCCGGCGGCUCCGGCGGCGGCGGGUCGGGGUCAAACUUGCUCAGCGUGUCUAAGAGCAUCAAGGCGAUGUGCGCGCAGACCGACUACAGGGACGCCUGCGAGAAGAGCCUCGCCAAGUCCGCGAACUUCAGCGCGUCGUCGCCGAAGGACAUCGUCCGCGCCGCCGUGGCAGUGAUCGGGGACGCCAUCGAGAAGGCGUUCGACCGGUCGGGGCUGAUUACCAGCGACGACCCCCGUGUGAAGGCCGCCGUCGCGGACUGCAAGGAGAUAUACGAGAACGCCAAGGACGACCUCGCGCGAACGCUCAAUGGCAUCGACGUCGGCGGCACGGACGGGCUCACCAAGCGCGGGUACCAGCUCCGCGUGUGGCUGAGCGCGGUGAUCGCGCACCAGGAGACAUGCAUCGAUGGGUUCCCCGACGGGGACCUCAAGAAGAAGAUGACUGACGCCAUGGAAUCCGGCAAGGAGCUCACCAGCAAUGCGCUGGCCAUCAUCGAGAAGGCCUCGUCGUUCUUGGUCGCGCUCAGCAUCCCAGCGGCUAGCCACCGGAGGUUGCUCGAGGACAACGUCACCGUGCCGAAGCCGGACGAAGAAAUUGAAAACCAGCCGAUGGUCAGCCACUCGGGAGGCGACGCCCCACAGUGGCUGAAUAGGCAGGAGAGGCUGCUCAAGGGCAAGUUCCAGACCAGCCUCACGCCCAACGUGGUGGUGGCCAAGGACGGCAGCGGCAAGUUCAAGACCAUCAACGACGCGCUCAACGCCAUGCCCAAGAAGUACACCGGAAGGUACCUGAUCUACGUGAAGGCGGGAGUCUACGAGGAGUACGUGACAAUCACCAAGGAGAUGGCGAACGUGACCAUGUACGGCGACGGCGCCAAGAAUACCAUCAUCACCGGCAGCAAGAACUUCGCCGACGGCCUCACCACCUUCAAAACCGCAACCUUCAAUGCGCUGGGCAACGGCUUCAUUGGCAUCGCCCUGGGGUUCCGCAACACGGCCGGCGCGGCCAAGCACCAGGCGGUGGCGCUGCUGGUGCAGUCUGACAAGUCCAUCUUCCUCAGCUGCCGCAUGGACGCGUACCAGGACACGCUGUACGCGCACUCCAAGAUGCAGUUCUACCGCAACUGCGUCAUCUCGGGGACCAUCGAUUUCGUCUUCGGCGACGCGGCCGCCGUGUUCCAGAACUGCAUCCUCGUCCUCCGCCGGCCGAUGGACAACCAGCAGAACAUCGCCACGGCGCAGGGCCGCGCCGACGGCCGCGAGACCACGGGCUUCGUGUUCCAGUACUGCCGCUUCACCGCCGAGUCGGCGCUCAAGGACGCGUCCCGCCCCGCCAUCCGCAGCUACCUCGCCCGCCCGUGGCGCGAGUACUCGCGCACCCUCAUCAUGGAGUCCGAGAUCCCCGGAUUCAUCGACAAGGCCGGGUACCUGCCGUGGAACGGCGACUUCGGGCUCAAGACGCUGUGGUACGCCGAGUACGCGAACAGGGGGCCUGGUGCCGACACGGCCGGCCGCGUCAACUGGCCCGGGUACAAGAAGGUGAUCAGCAAGGAGGAGGCCACCAAGUUCACCGUGCAGAGCUUCUUGCACGCCGAGCCGUGGAUCAAGCCUACCGGCACGCCGGUGAAGUACGGCUUGUGGGCGUGAGAAACUGAGAACAUACUUUUUGGCGCGCAUGUGUGACUCCGAGGAGACCAGAACAUGCGACACUGACGGAAACAGAGGAGAUGAUCCGAUCGUUAUGCAUGUUGCGUGGUAGGCUACCAAGUCUGGAGCUGCUCAAUUGGUGGGGGCUUGUUGAACGAUGAAGAGAUGUUGCGCUACUGAAUUACU